GCCCGUGGACGACACCGACUGCCGGCGCCGGCUCACGGUCGUCGCCGCCAUCUUGCCAAGCGGAGAGCGGAGCGCGGACCGGAGCGGAACUGUGAAAAUUCCGGAAAACGAAGCCACGAGCACCAGAAAACAGGAAAUGCUAGUGGAAGAUUCGCCGUAUUGUUCACAGGGACAAACGACCUGGGGACGACCCUGCGCGUCCAAGUCUGGACGGUGCCGAUUCCCGCGUGGCAUGGACACGACCCGAGGAAGGAAGGAUUUGGCCUUGUUGAGGUUGAGCAGCAGGCCCAGCAAAUGUCGUCCGCAGUGGCGACGAAAUGCAAAACAGGACACCUGGACGGUGCCGAUUUUUGUUCGGUCGAGGAAGGAAGGGUUAGGCCUUGUUGAGGUUGAGCAGCAGGCCCAGCAAAUGUCGUCCGCAGUGGCGUUCAAAUGCAAAACAGGACACCUGGACGGUGCCGAUUUUUGUGCGGUCGAGGAAGGAAGGGUUAGGCCUUGUUGAGCACUUAGGACGAGCUGCGGCUGCUGUUCUGAAGAGCGAGCAUUGGCCUUAAACAGAGCUACGACCGCACGAGAUUUCGUCCUGUGACAAGUAUUUUUAAGAGCUACGACAGCUCUUAAAAGUUUUUCAGUGUAGCAUUACAUAUUUUGCUAUACCUGGAAUUUAUUGUUACAUAAGCAAACCUGUAAUUCAAUUCUCUUAAAUUUAACGGUACCUACUAUGAUUUGCAUUAUUGUUACACAGGCAGUCAAAUUUUAUAACUUGCAUUGGAACCAUUAUCAAUAAAUUUUAUCUCCCGCUGAUGAA